GAUAUAAUUGUACGUCCCCAUCAUCUUUAUACAGGAGCAGGCAGACCUAAAGCUGCGCACAGGAGAGCUGAAGCAGAAGGAGGACUCGCUGCAAAGAGACAGAGACGCUCUGGACAGAGACAGACUCCAGCUGGAGAGAGAGAAGGAGAAGCUGAGCAGCACCGCUCUGACACUCAAAACACGAGCACACGAGGUGGAGGCUUUCAGUAAGCUGGCGUCUGAGCGCUUCGAGGAGGGAGAGCGAGCGCUGAGAGAGGCCAGACAGGUGGAGGCCGAACACCAGACACGACUGCGCAACAUACACGCACAGAUGGAGAGACUGCGGCAGCAAGAGCACAGCCUACAGCAGGAGCGCUUGAGGAUGACGGAUCAUCACAGAGACGUGGAGCGACUGAAACACACUCUUCCCGUCAGCCCUCUGGCCUCCACUCAACCGCUUAUCACAGAUCUGUCUCCAGUGUUGACCAGCACACACCUGAGUACCGCUUUGAACCCGCUGCCCACUGAACUGCACGCCAGACUCGCCAUCAUCAAACACACUGCUGAGAAGGACAGAGACUUCCUGCAGGAGGAGCAGUAUUUCCUGGAAACGCUGAAGAAAACAUCCUACAACUCCAACACAUGACACACACUGAGAACAUUUUUCUACAUUUCUUUUAUAAUAAACAUACUAAAACAGG